UCUCCUAAAGUUGACUUUACCCGCUACGACAGCACAUGGAGGCGGUGGAGUCUUGGAUGCCUUAUUAGGGAUUGCGACAUUCCGUUGAAUCGAACCUGCCUUGUGCUCCGUCGAAGAUCCGAGCGUCUCCGUUCAGGAAUGGAUAUCUCAGGAAAUAGCAAACAGAGGGCCAUGGAUGAUAAACUUAUUAACUUGCCAAUGGAUGUUUUAAACUGCAUCCUAGAUCACUUGCCUAUUCGAGAUGCAGCAAGAACAAGUAUUUUGUCUAGAAAAUGGAGAUACAUAUGGGCUGGUCACCCAAAACUUGUACUCGAUCCCAAGAACAUAGUCACUGUCACCAAAAAUGAUUUUGUUGGAAUAUGCAAUGAAAUUCUCUUACAGCAUAUUGGGCCCAUUCUAACUUUUCAUGUCUACCUUUCAGAUGUACACAUGUCACAGUACCCAAAUAUUGAUAGAUGGAUACUAUACUUGUCAAGAAAUGGGUUGAGGAAACUCAAAAUAAAGAAUUCCUGGGGUCGUGUCUAUGCACUUCCCUCUUAUAUAUUCUUGUGUCAAGAACUUACGGAAUUGGAACUGUCUAACUGUAUCUUCAAACAACCAUGCGGUACUAUAAGAAGCUUUCAAAAUCUUAAGGUGCUUUUUUUGAUUCAAGUUGCUUUCAAGCCAGAGGUUUCUGCUUCUAUUUUUACUGCAUCAAAGCUUGAAACGUUGUGUUUUAUAAAGUGCAUUGGUAUGGAUCACUUGAAAUUUGAUGGCUGUUCACCGUCACUUUCCUUCUUGGUACUUUACAAGAAUCAUGGGGUUACACUGAGUUGUUUUAUGAAUUGCAAAAGGAUUACAACUGCAAAGCUUGUAUUGCCAAUGGAAGUUAAAUCUUUAUUAGGCCCUGGUAAGAGGAUCAAUUUAGCAAGCUUGUUUGAACACUGGCCUCUAAUUUCAAGCCUUUUUCUGGAUGCAUACCAUCUCAAGCUUUUGGCUGCAGACUCUAUUACGAGUGCACUUCCAGUUAAAGUCAACCACUUGAGGGUUCUUAAACUGUCUGGAAUUAACUUUACCAAUGAGGUACAAAUCUCCAGCAUCCUUUGCUUGCUUCACAGCUCUCCUAGGGUGCAUAGCCUUGAAAUUUGGAUGAACGUUCCAACAACGAUUGUUGACAACAACCCCGUUUUGAAGUAUUUGCAAGAUCGUAGUUGCAUGAGUGAGGAAAUUAACAGUUUGCGGGAUUUGAAGAUGAGAUAUUUCCAGGGGUCAAGAGCUGAAAUGCUUUUUGUAAAGCUAAUACUUGUGUGCUGCCCGGCCCUAGAAAGGGUUACUUUUGAGGACUGGGAAGUAAAGCCCUCGGAGGUCUCUAAUAUUUUGAAAGAGUUGGUGGUAUUCCCUCGAGCUUCAAGGAAAGCACAAAUCAUAUUCUGAACUUGUGACUAAAAUUAUGUGGUUAAAAUUUUCAGUUUCGCAGUUUGAAAUUAUGUUGGAUUAGUUCGAAAUAGGUACCAUCCCAUGUAUGAAGUUCCUUAUUUUCUUAUAUUGGUUUUCGUUGUUGUCUUUUUCGUUGGCACUCCGGCCUUAGAGUGAGUUUGGUAACUCGAAAAAUGAUUUCCGGA